GUAUCAAUGCUAUUUUCUUUAAUUGCAUGUUUCGUAAACUACUUUAUAUUGUUCUCAAUAUUCUAUUUCAAACGGAUACCUGUAAAUCAAGUUGGCGAGGAUGACGAAGGAAAAUUAGAACCUCAACAGAUGGAGACUGACGACGAUCAGGAGCUGGAUACAGUGCUCAGCAGCAAUAUAUGUGUUCUAAUUCCAAGGAAAAGAAUACACGAAGCUUGGAGUUGGAAUACUACACGUUAAAAACACUGAUGGAAAAUUCAGCGAUGAAGGCAAUAACUGUAGACGCAAAGGGGGAACGGAUCCGGCUGACUUGUCCAACUUCGAGAACCGAAAUGGCUACGAUGAUGAUUCGAUA